CUUAGUGUGCGUCUACGCGCAUAUUUCGACUCAUCUUAGACGACUUAGAGUCGCUCUACCAUCGAAAUAUUUCGAUACAACAGGCUUGGACUUCCAUGUGCUAGCCUAGUCUUAAUUCUACCCACGACAUUCGUUUGAAAAAAUGGCAAGAGCUCGUAUCAUCGGAGCUUCUCUGGGUGCCGUUGCUCUAUUGGCAACGGCAUCUGUCCUGGCUCUUGAAGUCAUCCUGGCUCAAGGGCUUUGGGAGUCGACCUCACCGGCGCGAAUCGCUGCCGUUGUCGCCUCGGCGUUCGAAAUAAUAAUGCUCAUACUACUAAUCAUCCUUUUUGCUAAAUGUGUUGGGACUGGGAUAGAGUUUGGUAUCAGAAGGUCUAAUGGGGUCUGGUUUGCGUUGGGACUUGUUGCCGGCGUGCUGGCAACUACUGCGUCCGUUGUGACACUGGUAAUGAUGGGAGGAUUGGAGGGAAUGCCUGAAAUGAUAUUGCAAACACCGCUGACGAAUUGGCGUGUUGGGACUUCAGUCGCACUCGUCUGCGCUUUCGUCGGACAGCUCGUUUUCAUCGUCGUUUAUUUUGUUACCCAUCGACUGCCAGACUCUGAGCAGGCACUGUCACUUCAUACUAACGAAGAUAGCUCUCGACACUUGCCGAGACACAUUAAAUCUAUCCCUUACGAUCGAACGGUGCCUGCUACGAGUCAAACGACGAUCGGAAAACGCACAUUUGAUUAUCCAACCCCGCCUGGCUCGAGCGGUGGCCGAUCGGUGGCCGAGACCAUGAGCUCCAUUCGGACUUCUGUUUCUCAAGCCGUACGUCCAAUUGGAGCCAGUACUAGGCUCCUUUCGUCAACUUCCAGACCCGGACGUCGCGCCGCUUCCAUCGACUCAAAUGGGUAUCGAGAGCGCGUUAGCGUAAACGGAUCGGAGGAUGGGUUUGAUUCUUGGGAUACAUCCUCAGUCGACACUCAGAGCCGGCAAUUAAUCGUGGAAGCUAGCCCACCUAUUCGGUCUGGUCGAUUUCUGGAAACCAUACCCGCAAGCCCGACAACCAGUCGAAGCCCCAGCCCCGGAAACGCCUUGGAUUUCGAGCCUCCAAAUCCUAAUCGUAAUCGUAGGAGCCGGAGUUACAGUCCGAUUCCUAGACCGCAUCAUGAGCGCAGCAUGACGCCCCAAUCGAUCUCGGGCGAGCUACAUAUUCAUCCUCUCUUCCGAUCUGACUCCCCGGUACCUCCGCCUGCAGUCACCCCUGGAACUGUGGUUGUUGCCGCACCUAAUGCCGGGCAGGUUAUUUCGGAAAAGUCUCUUAGUCGAAUGCGCAGCAGUAGUCAAAUAGCAGGACCGAGCCCCCUGAGCCGACAAGGUAGUUACGACAGUUUCCGCAAGACGCCAAGCCCCAAUACGGAUCGUCUUCGUGUAGAGGACCUAGCGGAAGAGAGGAAGAUGACGCCUCCGAUUCCUGAUUGGAUCCUGAACGCUGGCUCAACGACAAGCUUGUCCGACUACCAGUCAAAGAAACAGCGAGAGCGCGAAGUUUCAGAAGAAGCCUCGAGUAUCGACUGAUGGCAGCUAUGACUACUACCUAUUGAUGAUGAUGAAUAUGAUUCGGAACUCUUUAUUAGAGGCUUUGGAAUGUGGAAUCAAGGUUUUGGGGGGGACUUGGGAGAUACCAUUGUCUGUUUUUUUCUUCUUCUUUUAGCGAGGCGUUGCACUACCUUUUCAACCUUGGAAAAAAGGCUCUGUUAGGUCUCUCCCUACGAAUGCGAGGAGAUAGAAGAUAGAUCUCAAGAGUGAGAAAUAAAUAAGUAAAA